AUGAGUCAAGGAGAAAGUGAAGUUGACUCAUUUCAUAUUGAUACAAAAAAACAUACUUUACAUGUUGGACCUAUCGAUAUCAAUACAAGCUUAUCAUCGUUAACCACAGCCGGUGUUUCUCUUGAUAAUAUAUUAAGAAAAUGUGGUGAUUUUGGUCGAUUUCAAAUAAUGCAUUAUGUUUUCUUGAGUAUAAUGACAAUGAAUGGUUCGAUUACUUCAUUUUAUUAUGUUUUUGGUGCUGCUACGCCUGAUCAUCGAUGUCGAUUACCAACAAAUGUAUGGCCAGAUGAUAAACACUAUAGUCCAUUAAAUCAAACACAUGAAAUAUUCAUUAAUCAGUAUAUUCCAAAAAAUAACGAUGGAAAACAAUGGAAAAAAUGUGUACGCUAUGUGACAAGUAAUCGAAGUGGUUCACUUGUAAAUUGUCCUGAUGGAUGGGCAUAUGACCAGUCGAUUUUUGGCUAUACAUUUACUGAAGAAGCUGAUUUUGUUUGUCAAAAUGAAUCAAAAAGAAGUUGGCUAGCUACGGCUGUACAAUGUGGCGGUUUUUCAUUACUCAUCAUCGGUUCAUUGGCUGAUAGAUAUGGUCGAAAGAAAAUGAUUUCUAUUGUUACGUUUCUUCUAUUUUUUGCAUGUCUCAUAACUCUAAUCAUAAUGCAAUGGAUACCAAUGACAAUAAAAACCAAAUUCAUUGUUUUAUUGCUCAAUCAAUUUGUAUCUGGUCUUGCCUUUUCUAUUUAUAGUUUAGUAUUUAUUCUAGUUCUUGAAUUAACAUCAGCAGAACAUACAGGUUUAGCUGGAAAUUUGAUCUUUGUUGCCUCUACAAUGGGUCAAAUUCUUGCUGCUCUAUUCGCAUUUAUGACACGAGAUUGGCAAAAAUUAAAAUGGGCCAAUACAUCGUUUAUUGGUUUAGGAAUACCGUAUCUCUAUUUUAUGCCAGAAUCACCAUUGUAUACAUAUGCGAAACGACAAUAUAUUCCACUCGAAACUAUUUUAAGACGAAUAGCAACUCAAAAUGGACGAAAAGAAACAGAUUGGUAUCCAUGUUAUCAAGAGUUACUACGUAAUCAGCCGAUAAAAUUAUCUCACAAAAAUGAACUCACAUAUUCACAAAAAUCUUAUCGAUUAUUUUUUCGUCGAGCAACUAUAAUCAAAUUACUGUUAACAGCUGUGAUAGGCUUUACAACUCUGAUGAUUUAUAUAAAGAUAAGUUUUAGUCUAGCGAUGCUCAAUAUUUCACCUCAUCUCGGAAUAUUUAUUGGCGCUGUUGUUGAAGCCAUCGGUUGUCUUAUAAGUACUGUACUUAUUUCCAGUAGACUUGGUCGUAAAGGCUCAUUCAUUUUAACGAUGAGUUUAACAAUCAUUUCUCUUCUCCUGAUUCCAAUUAUUGUAAAAUACAGCUCAAUCGCAAGUGUUGGUUUAGCGCAAUUUGGAAAAUUUACCAUAUCUAGCGCGACUGCUAUAGCAUGGAUAUUUGUGCCUGAACUAUUUCCAACAUCCAUUCGAAGCACUGCUAAUGCAGUCUUCAUUGCAUUUAGCCGUAUUGGUGCCAUAGUAGCACCUAUUCUCAAUACAGAAACUAGUAAACCUUAUGCACCCUAUACAUUUUAUGGGUCAGCAUUGAUAGCUUUCGUAGUUGUUCUAUUUUCAUUAAUGUUACCUGAAACAAAAGAUAAACCGAUGGAUGAUGUUACAGAUUAUACUGAAAGUAUGACUGAUAUAUAA